AUGGUGAAGGGCAGAAGGGCGAAGCGAAGUCGCGAUUGUGUUGUGUUUACAGUGUUUUGAGUGUUUAUUAUGUAAUUUUUUUGUUUAAUCAAAAUUAUUCAAAAGCUUCCGUGUUUUGAACUUGUUUCUAAUAAUUUGAGACCUGAGUUUUAUGAGUUUUCUGUUUUCUAACUUGUAGCCGGAUUACUACAAUAGAACUAUGAUUAGUUGCAAGCUUUGAAAUCAGCUUGCUAUAGCAAACAACUAGAUAUUGAUCGGUGGUUUGUUCCAGGAGUAAUUUACACGCAAGGAUAUAAAGAUGAGCUAUGCUACGCGUUCGGUAGCCCAACAGGGUAAUGAUAUUAACCCAGUGAAGGUGGAAAUGUGGCAACAAAAUUCCUAUUUGCCCGAUUCCGGUAUUCAAACCGGCUUGGUUACGCAGACACCUUCGUUGUCGGGCAAAGAAGAGGACAUGGAGAGAGAUCAAAUUUUAUUCGAUUUGGAUCAAGGAUUCAAUCAAGGAUUUACCUCCGAACAAGUCGACGAAAUGAGCCAGCAAUUGAAUCAUACGCGGAGUCAACGAAUUCGUGCCGCAAUGUUCCCCGAAACGCUGGAGGAAGGAAUUGAAAUCCCUUCGACACAGUUUCAUCAAGGCCAACCGACUGCCGUGCAACGAUUGUCCGAAUCGAGCCAAAUGCUGAAACACGCUGUCGUCAAUUUAAUUAAUUAUCAAGACGACGCGGAAUUGGCAACUAGAGCCAUACCAGAAUUGGUUAAACUGCUCAGCGACGAAGAUCAGGUGGUCGUUUCGCAAGCAGCCAUGAUGGUUCAUCAGCUCUCCAAAAAAGAGGCUUCUAGACACGCGAUAAUGAAUAGCCCUCAGAUGGUAGCAGCUUUGGUUCGAGCAAUAUCCAAUAGUAACGACUUGGAAACGACCAAAGGAGCAGUCGGAACGUUGCAUAAUUUAUCUCAUCAUCGGCAAGGACUCUUAGCCAUAUUUAAGAGCGGAGGAAUCCCAGCUCUCGUGAAAUUGCUAAACUCAACGGUGGAAUCGGUGCUCUAUUACGGUAUUACAACUCUGCACAAUUUACUCUUACAUCAAGAAGGUUCCAAAAUGGCGGUACGUUUAGCCGGUGGAUUGCAAAAAAUGGUGUUGCUGCUGCAGCGUAACAAUGUGAAAUUUCUCACUAUUAUAACCGAUUGUCUGCAAAUCUUGGCUUACGGUAAUCAAGAAUCUAAACUUAUCAUCCUGGCUUCGCAAGGACCCACCGAAUUAGUUCGUAUUAUGCGUACGUACGACUACGAGAAAUUGUUAUGGACGACGUCUCGAGUACUCAAAGUUUUGUCCGUAUGUUCGAGUAAUAAACCAGCCCUCGUGGAAGCUGGUGGAAUGCAAGCUCUAGCAAUGCAUUUGAACCAUCCUAGCCAACGUUUGGUUCAAAAUGUAUUGUGGACUCUGCGUAAUUUAUCGGACGCGUCUAUCAAAGUAGAAGGACUCGAGGGAUUAUUGCAAUCGCUGGUGCAGCUUUUGGGUUCAACCGAUGUAAAUGUGGUGACGUGCGCCGCCGGAGUACUUUCUAAUUUGACUUGCAAUAACCAGAGAAAUAAAGUCACAGUAUGCCAAUGUGGCGGCAUCGAUGCUCUCGUUAGAACUAUCGCCAGUGCUGGAGAUCGAGAAGAAAUCACAGAACCUGCGGUAUGCGCUUUACGACACCUGACAUCGAGACACGUAGAAUCGGAAAUGGCUCAAAAUGCGGUCAGAGUGAAUUACGGUAUUCAGGUAAUCGUGAAACUACUCCAUCCGCCAUCACGUUGGCCAUUGGUCAAAGCGGUUAUCGGAUUGAUUAGAAAUCUAGCGCAGUGCCAAGCUAAUCACGCUCCUCUGCGCGAACACGGCGCUAUACAUCAUUUGACCAGGCUUUUGAUGCGAGCCUUCCAAGAUACUCAAAGGCAACGCUCGAGCGUGGCCAGCAACGGUAGCCAGCAAACUGGAGCAUAUGCGGAUGGCGUCCGUAUGGAAGAAAUUGUCGAAGGUGCAGUCGGCGCUCUUCAUAUACUCGCUCGAGAAUCACAUAAUAGAGCUAUCAUUCGAUCGCAACAAGUUAUCCCCAUAUUUGUUCAAUUGCUGUUCAACGAAAUAGAAAACAUUCAACGAGUGGCUGCUGGUGCACUUUGCGAAUUAGCUGUCGAAAAAGAAGGCGCCGAACUUAUCGAGCAGGAAGGCGCUACAGCUCCGCUCACUGAAUUGCUACAUUCUAGAAAUGAAGGCGUUGCAACGUACGCGGCUGCAGUAUUAUUCCGUAUGUCCGAAGACAAACCUCCGGAUUACAAGAAACGGCUAUCCAUGGAGUUGACUAAUUCGUUGUUCAGAGAUGAUCAAAAUGUUUGGCCACCUAGUGGCGAUCUAGGAAUGGACCAAGACCUGCAGGAUAUGUUAGGUGAAGACAGUUAUAACAUGUACGGGCAAGGGCUCGUUAAUGUAACGAGUCAAAAUUACCAUCAUUCCGGGUAUGACACGUUACCCUUAAACGGAACUCAAGAUCAUUUGAACGAAUUACCGAUGCCUCCUUUGGAAAAUGAUAUAGUUGCCGCAUGGUACGACACCGACCUGUGACUUUCUGCCAAAUCACAUUUUAUUGCAAUGUUUCUUUUUAUUUAUUUGUUUGUUUUAUUUAUUUAUUUUUCAAUGUUUUUACGUAGAUAUUUUUUUCUUUUCCUGUUUUUGAUCUCUAAAACUGCUGUUUAUAUUGUCAAUCGGUAUUCGUUUGUAGCUUAAGCAUUUUUAUAAUUCUUUUUCAUUUUUAAAUACAUAUAUUUUAUUAGUAAGCGAGUAUACUACGUAAUGGUUGAUGAAAAGACUCUAGUUGGAAUUAUACAGUAGUAUUAUGCGAAUCUUUGAAGUAUUAUUAAUGUAAGUAGUCCAUAUAUUUAUUUUGUAAAAUAUUUCUAGCGAUUAGGGCAAACUUUCUUUUCAUUUUAUUUUAUCGUUCCAAAAAUGUCAAAAAAAAAUUUCAGCUCUUUAUUUCAUUUUUUGAACGUAUUUUUAAUUUUUUGUUUCGGUAGGUACAAUCCGUCGACAUUUUCAAAAUUAAUACACUCCAGUCCUGUGUGUACUUAUGUUUUAAAAAUGUCCUCCUAUUAUUUCUGAUUUUGUACUGUUUUUUUUUCUUUUGUUAUGUGUUAUUAUAAUCAUGAAAUGUAAUGAUUGAACACAAAAUUAUUGUAUUUAAGCUAUUUUCUGUUCAUUGUUUAGGUAUCGAAAAUAAGUACUUGUAAGAAUUAAUAUGACUACAUCAGACUUUUUUUUUGUUCUCGCUACUGCUAUAGUAAGCACUAUAACUACAAGUUCAGCACUUCACUUAUACCUAAAGUCCUAAAAUUAGUAAAAUUUUAAACUGUACUUGUAAUAUUGGUGAGAAUUCGGAAAUAUAAAUUUCUGACGUA